GCAAUCUCAAACAAAAGUCUGUCUAAACCCGCUCAUAGUAGACGACAAUAGUCAUUCAUUUAUACGUUUUUGUGAAGUAGUAGUGAAAAGACGAAAAGUUUUAAUGAAAAAUUUUUCGGAAUAAUUAAAAAAUUAAAACUUUUAAUUUUUGGUUGAUAUUUUAUAAGUUUUUGUAUAGUGAUGAGUGAUUUCUCUACGAAUUAUAACAACGGUCAGAGCCUUGCAUUACAGAAAGCCAGACAAGUCGCUGCCAAACUUCAACUUGCAGGUCCAAAUAAGAGACCACACGAAGACGACGACGAACCACAUACAAAAAGAUUUAGCAGUGGUUCCAAUUCCUCAAUGAGUCCAGCACAUUUACAACAAGCACAGCAAGCGGCAGCUCAAGUAGCUGCACGUUUGGGUCAGCCAAAUUAUCAACAAAAUGUGAUACCAAAUCCAGAAGCUGUAGAAAAAGCCAAGCAACUAAUAAAUAAAUUCAUUCCACAGAGCCAAGCUGGCGGACCUUCCAACAAUAUAAGCAGUAGUCUAGGAGGUGCUGGAAUCGGUGGUAAUGGAGGUGGAAAUGGUCCCGCUAGACCGGGAUUAGGUGCUAAUAGUUACACAGAAAUGAUGAUUCCAGGAUCAAAGGUUGGUUUAAUUAUCGGAAAGGGUGGAUUAACAAUUAAGCAGUUACAAGAGCGUACAGGAGCAAAAAUGGUUGUUAUACAAGACGGCCCAGAUCAAGAGAUGGAGAAACCACUGAGAAUAUCAGGAGAUCCACAAAAAGUAGAGCAUGCAAAACAAUUAGUUUAUGAACUUAUACAAGAUAAAGGAAAUGAACAGUCACAAUCACAGUCAAAUAAUAGAAGUCAGAAUCAAAAUAGUAUGCAAGAACAUGGUGCAGCAUAUCCUGGAGCUGGUGGUAGAGGAAAUAAUGGAAAUGGUGGUGAUCAAAUUGAAGUUUUUGUACCCAAAGCAGCUGUUGGUGUUGUUAUUGGAAAGGAGGGUGGUAUGAUUAAAAAGAUUCAAGCUGAUACAGGCUGCAAAUUACAGUUCCUUCAAACAAAAGGCGAUGGACCUGGUGACAGAAGAUGCAUAGUUCAAGGAACAAAACAGCAAGUCGAUGACGGAAAGAGAAUGAUUGAAGACUUAAUUGAUAGUGUUCUUCGAAGAAAUAAUAAUAGUAGUGGUGGUGGUGGAAGUGAUAAUUGGAACAAUAGUGGAUCAGGUUCAAAUUAUCAGCAACAACAGCAUCAACAAAGUCAGCCUCCAGCAGCUGGUGGCAUUCAAGUCGUUCAACAACAAUAUGAAUUCAAUGUUCCAACAAGUAAAUGCGGAAUUAUAAUUGGACGUGGUGGUGAUACCAUUAAACAAAUUAACCAGCAAAGUGGAGCACAUUGUGAAAUGGAUAGAAAGAAAUCAGCAAACCAAACAAAUGAAAAAACUUUCACCAUCAAAGGCGAACAACAUCAAAUUGAGGAAGCUAAGAGACUCAUUCAAGAUAAGAUUAAUAUGGAUGUUGAUUUGCAGCAUUUAGGAACGACAACAGUCACUCAACCUGCAAAUGGAUUUAAUGGUCAGAAUUCUCAAAGUCCCUAUCAAUGGGGUGCAGCAGCAGCAGUUGGAGGUUUCAAUCAAAGCAGUUGGGAUCCAAGUCAAGCAGCUCAAAUGCCAGGACCACAAGGCAUUAAUGCACCAUCAGGACAACCUGAUUACUCAUUACAAUGGAUCGAAUAUUACAGAUCUAUGGGAAUGCAUCAACAAGCUGAUGCAAUUGAAUCACAAGUCAAAUCAUCUCGACCAUCAAGUGGACCUACAAUUCCAGGAGCAAAUCCACCACAGCCACAAGCUCCAUCAUCUGGAGCUGGAGGAGCAAGUUCAGAUAGUCAGAGAGAUUAUAGCCGUGAAUGGGCAAUGUACUAUAGACAAAUUGGACGAGUUGAAGAAGCUGAAGCUAUUGAAAGACAGAUUAAGGGUGGAGGAUCAACACCGAGCAGUGGAACUGCCACAAACUUCCCAGCACCAAGUGCUGGCAACUUCCCACAACAAUUUCAACAGCAACAGCAGCAACCACAACAACAAUAUGGACAGCAGUAUGGAGCAAACUUCCAACAGUUCCAACAAUAUCAUGGAAAUGGGCAAAAUAGCUCAAAUAAUGAAAAGAAUUGGUGAGUCAUUAUUGAAAUGAACUUUUUAUUUGUUACACAUUUUUUUGCUUUUCUUUUGCAUAAAUAUUUAUUAAUUAUUUUGACCAUUGAUAUAUUCUAUUCCUAUGAUUUUAUUUAAUUAAUGUACCUGACAUCCCUCCAUUUAUAAACUGAAAAUUUCUAUAUUAAUAUGACUAUCAAAAAUCCAAAAAAAAAGAGGUCAACAACCUUUAAAAGUUAUUUUCCUCUUUGCUGCGCUAUAAAUAAAUUUUCUAGCAAAUUAUAUUAAAUUUUUCUUUAGCAAAUUUUUAUAAUUUUUUUUUUUCGUGAAGUUGGCACAAAUUUCUGGUAAAUUAUAUAAUACGCACAUUAUUCUAGCAUUAAGAAAAAAUUACGUAAGUAACCAAAAUUUGGGCAAACUUGACGAGCUAUAAUUUAUAUCUUUGAAUUUAUUUCCACUUUAUUAUUAACUAUAAUUCUGAAUUAACUUAUCAUUUACGCAUAACAACUUACAUUUAUUUCGUAUAAUUUUUUUAACAUAAACCAAAAUAAAUUUUACUUGCAGAAUCGAUCAAAUAAGAAAUUAGAAAUAUGAAAGUUGAGAAAAAAAAAUAAUAAUUUUUUUCAUGAAAUUAUAAAGUGUGUGUGAAUUAAUCCGCAUAUAUUUCCUUCAUCUCUUGUGUUUGAAUAUUGACUAGAAAAAAAUGAAUUAAAAAACUAAUGAAAAUGUGCAUCAAAAAAAAGUGACAAAAAAAUGAAAGAAAAAAAUGUGUUUUGAAGGUUGACGAGUCGUGAAAUGGAUGGAAUUAACUCUUCGAUGUAGUGACGAUGAUAUAAAAAAAAACUAUAAAAAUAAUCAAACCUAGUACACAUAAACAUAAUAAUAAUAAUAAUAAUAAUCUUAGAUGUUAAGACACGAUUUUUUUUUCUCUUGAUUUAUCUGAGCAACUUUUUAUCUCUAGAUUUAAAAAUCACUCAAAUUUUUAUGCAUAAUAAACUUAUAAAAUUAUCUAAUAAUUGUAAGACAAAAAAAAAUAAUAUUAAAAAGUCAAAAAAACAUAAAAAUUUCAUUAGAUAGGAUUAAUGUGAGGAGUGAAUUCACUCGAGUACUCGAUUUACUUGUGCGCAUAUAUGAAAAAAUUUGUACCACAAACUUGCCAUUAUCUCUGUCUCUAAAGUUCAUUGAAUCUUAUAUAUUAUAUAUAUUUUUAUUGCAACAUAUUUUACUCUUUUUAUAAAUUUGUUUUAAAAUAAUAACAAUAACAAAUUUAUCAUAGCAUUAAAAAUUUUAAUAUUUUCUGCUAUAUUCUAAUAAUUUCUGAUCACAGCUACGGGUAAGAUGAUAGAAUGUGUGUGUUAUAUUUAAUAAAUAAUUAUUGUAUUUGAAAUGAUUUAUUUUCAACUAUCAAUUUUAUCUCGACAUUCAUAAUAAUUCUAUCAUAAUAUUGCGUAAUUGAUCCUUUUUAUUGAUGACUGUAAAAAUGAUGAUUUUGAUAUACUUUAUUUUACAUACAAGAAAAAAAUUGAACCUUAUUGAGAUUGAAAUUAGUGAAAAAUCUAUUAAUCGAAAAUUAUGAGACUUUUUUGUAAAUACAUUGUAAGAGUAUGGCAUUAGAUAGGAAGAAUUCUAAUCCUUGAAUAACUGAGAUUAAACCUUAAACAAUUCGAAUAACUUGAAACAACUUAGACAUGAUCAAAAUAGUCAAAUUGCAUUGCUAUUCUCUAGGAUAAAAGAAGCAAUAUUUUUGGACUACUCCUGAUCCAUAAAACGAUAGAUUUGAGAUUGAUACUCUAUGUAAUAUGAUUUUUUGUCAAUGUAAUUUUAUCAGAGAAUAUGUUCAUACAAGAGUCCGGGUUCUAAGAUGUACUCUUAGUCUUACCUGACUCAAAGAGAUGUUGAACGUCAAUAAAAUGAGUAUAAUCACGGAUAAAAUUGCAAUUGCUGAAUGAAAUAACAUUGCCAGUUCUUCCUUUGUCAAGUAUUGAACAACUCACUAAACAUUGAAGGAAACUUCCAGUUGAUUGAGAUAAGAUCUUAUUCUAAAAAUAAUUUCAUGAAUUAAACCUCGAAAACCAAACAAAAUAAAGAUAAAACCAAUCAGGACUAACUUUGUAUCGAAAUACUUGCGAAGAUAACACCCCAACCAGCCAACUUCCAAACAAUUAUUCUGUCAGAAUCAUGAUUGUAGUUACAUGAUGAUUUGAUGGAUUCUUGAAAUGUCUCGAUCUCAGAAUUAUAUCGUGAUUAAGACAUUUGAAGAAUCUGUAAAGAACACAGUUAAAGACGUCAAUUUUUCAAAAACUUAGAUCUGUGCUUGAUAUUCCUUGUAUUAUCAAGUACAGAGCUAGAUUUUUGUUAACUGGUCGACUAAAUCAAAUCAAUUUUGAAAGAAUACUUUGUGGCUUCAGAUCGAGAUCUUACUCAGAUAUCAACAAAAAUAAACAAAUACUUAGACAGGAACUACACUAAUUCUCAGAACUGGCAAAUUUAAAAUAACUUGAAAUUGUUAACGUAAUACUGUCCGUAAUAGCUUACAAAGAAAACUAUAAAAGCUCAUAAAUUUUCGAUUAAUAGCUUUUAAAACAAUUUCAAUCUCUGCUGUUAAUGUAUAUGAUGAUAACUAUUUUUGUUUUGAGAUAUUUGUUUAUGAUUAUGAUUAUACUUACUUUUUGUUUUCUAGACUUGAUUUCAGCGAGAUUGAAAAAGUAAAAAAAAACUUGUUUAUUUUCAUUAUUCAAUGAACUAUUGGGGAGGAAGAGGAUGAACAUGAAGUAAAUAAAAGAAAAGAAAAAAUUAUGAGAAUUUAAUAAAUUGAGAAAAGAUCAAAAAAUGAUUGAAUCAUGAAGAAAAAGGUACAUGAAAUUAACUUAGAAACAUUUUCAACUUAUAUUUCUAUACUUUAUUUACUGACAUUAUUGAAAUAUUGCUUAAAAAUAUGAUAUAUAUUACUAUCUAGAUGAUUAUCACUUGUCAAAAAAAUACUUUUUUUACAUCUCAAAUAUUAUAAAUUAUUGCAUUUGUGUCUAUAAAAAAAAUUCAUAUUGAUAACAAAUAUUUUUUUUCUCGUAACACAUAAUAAUGAUAGAAACUAUUUAGUUUGUAAGAAUUUUAAAAAAAAACUUUUCAUUUCUUUAAUAUGGUAUAAAAAAAUCCUUAAUACUAUUAAUAAUGAACAGUAAUCAAUCAAUUUAUUCAUAUUGUUAUUAUAAAACUUUGUCAAAAUGAUAAGAAAAAAACUAUUUGAAAUUCAUUUAAUCCAUAAAUUUUUCUCCUUUAACACACAAUGAUCUUUUAUUGCAAAAACCAAAUAUUGUUCUUUUUAAGGUAUUCAGUGUAAGUAUUAUGUAUGGAUGGGAGUAAGUAAAAGUGAUCAGAAUGAUGUUGAAAUUAGGACAUUUGAACAUUUGAACAUUUUCAUAAUAAGAAAAUACAAGUUUUAAAGUUUUAUUCCUAAAUUUGUGUUUUGAGAUUCUCAAGAUUUUAACUUUGAGAAAAUUAAAUGAAAAUCGAAAUGUUAAAGAAUGUUCAGAAAUGCUAAACUUUUCAUCAAAAUGAUCCAUUUGUGUAGAAGAUCAGAACUGAAAGCAAUUCUCAAGUUAAUAUUUAUUCAAUGAAUGACUUGAUUCAUUGAUAAAGCUUAAACUAGAUUAAAACUUUCACUAAAAUCUUCUGCUCAAAUAACAAGUAAGUAUUCAGGUUUAUCCAUCCAAAUAAGUAUUUAACGUCAUCAUCAACAAUCCAGCUUGUACAGAACAUCAUUAGAAUCAACAAAUCAAGGAAACUAUAAGGAUGGUAAGGUAAAAUCCAGGUAAGAUCAGUAAGUAUACCUAAAUUCUUGUAUUUCAGAAUAUAUAAAUGAAAUCUUUUAUGUAUAAAAUCAAUUGCGAUAUCGACAAUAUUAUGAUGUUGAGAAUUAUUAUGAAUGUGAAUAUUGAUAAAACAAAAUUAUUUUCAUAUAUUUCCUUAGUCUUAAGAUUGACUAUUUAUGUAUUUUCACAAUGAAUAUAUUUCCUUGAAAUUUCUUAUAUUGAAAAAUUCAUUUAUUUCAAAUUAUCUUCAUACAUUUUUAAUUGAUUCAUAUUUGUUACAUAUUUCAAAUUUCAAUUAACCUGAAUAUUAGAUUGAAAUUUAAAAUUUAUCAAUAUUUUAACCAAAAUAUAAAAGAUUUCUUUUAACAGAUUUUAUUCACUUAUUGUCGUUAGUCAAGGUAAGUCAACGUCGUUGAUUAAAGUGUCGAGCUGUUGAUGUCAAAGCAGUGCUUCUUAAAGGAUACUUACAGUGUAAAUUGAUUGGUAUUUUGACUAGUUUUCUAUGAAAAAUAUGCUUAGUUAUUUUUCAAAAAUUUCAUUUGGGUUCUAUUAAAUAAAUUUUGAUAUUAGAUAUAAUUGUUGCUGCUGCAAAAAUGAUCCUGAAAGUGUGAUAAAUAAGUAAUUCAAGUGUUUAUUUCUUUAAAAACAUUUAUUCAAUCAGUGCUCUUAAUAUUAUAAAUUAUAAUGAAUCAAGAAAGUGCAAUAAAAUUUUAUUUUCAAAUAAUUAAAAGUUGUUUUGAAUAUUAAUAUAUUUUUAAAAACUAGUCAUAUUUGAGAAAUUCUAUCAAAAAUAAAUUUAAAAUCAGCAUUCUAAUUGAAGGAAAAGAAAAAAACAUUAUGAACAAUAAAAUUAAGUAUUAUCGAAACAGGAAACAAGAUGUAUAUAUUUUUUGCUGCUUAGUUUCCAUGUUCAUUUAUUUUACUUUAAAUAAAUCUGCAUAAUCAACAAAAUUCAAUUCUGUGUUUCAUCCAUAAACGAUCCCUUAUACAAUUUACUUUUUGAAUUUUAAAAAGUUUAUUCCAUUUCAAUUAUUUCAUAAUUUUCCAUCGAUAAACUAGAAGCAAUAUGUUGAAUUCCUUGAACUGAUGCAUCUGUAAGUGCUAUCCAUUGAACUUUUGGAUACCUUUCUCGUACGUUCCUCAAAAAUUGAAAAGAUGUUCUCCUCGUGUACGUUAUUAACUCAGCUUCUUCGAAUAUAACCGUACAAAUUUUAGAGUCCAGUAAAUAAUUAAUGAAACUUCUGACUUCUCUAAAUCCAUUUUCAAUCAUUUCGGGUGUACAAUAGAAAAAUUCUUCCGAAAAAGUUGCAUAAAUGUCUUCUCGAUCCGGAAUAGAUGUAUCUUCAAUUAUUGUUGUUGCUGUUAAACCUAAAUCUUUUAAGUAUUGAACUUCAUAGUUGAUACGCUUUUUAUAUGGUGAAAUCACCAAAAUAACACCAUUUGCAUUGAACCCUCUUUUUAUCAAAAAGCAAAUUGCCUCUUUAGCAUUUGAAGGCACCGACAGAAUUAAAUUAUUGUGAUUUCUUUUUCUCACUAACGAUUCAAAUCGGAGAUUUUGCUGCUCAUCAAAUGUAUAGGUUUCUGGUAUUCUAUCAGCCAUUUUACACAAUCACCUGCAAUUACAAAAUUUAUUAAUAUUUUGAUGUUAUUUAUUUUACACGUCCUGAAUUAUCGUCUGUUUUUAA